AUGAAUGUUAAAUGUGCGAUUGAAAGCCACCAAAGCGAAGGGAUUGUCGCUUGGAAAGAGCAUCCGGCAAAUCCACAAAACUGGACCAGAGGAAAGAAAACAGUCAAUUUGGGAAUUGUCUCUCUCCUGGCAUUUAUCACGCCUCUUGAGUCCUCCAUCAUUGUGCCCGGCGUUCCUCUUCUACAGAAGGACUUUCACGAAACAAGUCAUUUGAUAACUUCACUUGUUGUAUCUAUAUUCGUUCUAGGAUUUGCAUUUGGCCCCAUCCUCUUGUCACCAUUGUCGGAGCUCUAUGGAAGGAGGUUGGUGCUUAAUGUCUGCAAUGUGGCUACGCUCGCUUUCUCGAUCGCCAGUGCAAGCGCCCCUAACAUCGCCUCAUUUAUCGUCUUCCGAUUCAUCGCAGGCAGCUUCGGGGCUGGGCCGAUGAAUAUUGGCGGUGGCAGUAUCGCCGACCAAGUAUCAUUUGACAGAAGAGGAACAGUUAUGUCUAUCUUCUUCACAGGCAUCUUCUUGGGACCUGUUCUAGGGCCUGUGAUUGGCAGUUUUGUUGCACAUGCUCUUGGCUGGCGCUGGGUAUUUUGGCUUAUGGCAAUUGUGAAGGGUGUAAUAACUAUUGUGGCGUUGCUAUUUCUGUCUGAAAGUCAUGCACCAACAAUUCAACUGAAAAGAGAAAGGGAAGGGGGAACAUGUUCAACAGACAUGCCUGUCAUAGAUGCAACCGAAAAGAAAAAACUUCUGAUACGAUCGCUGAUUAGACCCAUCAGGAUGUUGACUCAAAGCCCCAUAGUGGCAGGUCUUUCUCUAUACCUCGCGCUAAUCUACGGUUAUUUAUACCUGCUCUUCACCACGUUCUCGACCAUUUUCCCGCAACAAUACGGCUUUAGCACCGAGACCCUCGGAUUGGCUUUUCUUGGCAUGGGCGUUGGCCAGUUAUUGGCACUUCUUUUAUUAUCGUGGCUUAGCGACUGGCUACAAGAAAGGUUGACCAAGAGAUAUGGAAAAGCAAAACCAGAAUACCGACUAUUGCCUAUCGUGCUUGGAAUUCCACUACUUCCAGCCGGCCUGUUUGUGUAUGGAUGGACAACCGAAUAUAGAGUCCAUUGGAUGGUUCCCAUCGUGUCCUCGGGAUUCAUUGGGGCAGGGCUUAUAUUCACCUUUUUGCCUACACAAAUAUACAUGAUCGAUGCUUUUACAGCUUUUGCUGCUAGCGCCCUCGCAGCGACAAGCAUUGUGCGUAGCAUCGUGGGAGGAAUUUUACCCAUGGCUGGUUUGCCUCUAUACGAAGCGCUCGGCUACGGUUGGGGUAAUUCCGUCCUCGGGUUCAUUGCCAUCAUACUAUCUGCCGCACCGUUACUUUUUUGGAAAUAUGGAGAAACUCUGCGAAAGAAAUAUACCGUGUCUUUUGAUUGA